UCGAUAACUUUGUGGAAGUCAACGAGUCGCUGAGUCGUUCUAACUCUUCUAAAUCACUGCGUUAAUUAGUUUAAUGCUAAGCCAAGAAAAUUGUAUUUUGAAACAAAUUCAUUUGAAACAAACUCGCUACUGUUGGAUAUCAAAGCACUUAUUGCUUAUUUAGUGAAUGCUACUGUUAUUCUCGCUGUUAUGUUAAUUAACAUCUGUGUUUGGCAAACACACAAACUGUGGCUCACGGGCAGCAGCACCCACAUAAAAUCACGACCAAGGGACUCAGGAGAUCCAAUUUAAACGGAAACAUACGGGCCUGCUGUCACACACUGGACACAGAAUGGCACAGUGGAAGAAACUGUAUAUGGGCGACAGAAUAGAAGAUCUGGAGAAGUGGACGACAAUUCCAGACUUGCGCAACAAGAGCAUGAAAAUUUUACUAAACACGGCGCGCAAACUGUACUUGACCGCUGAGGACUAUCGCCUGGAUGGAGAUCAAGAGUUGGCCUACAUCACCUACAUGAAGUACUUCAAUAUGCUAUCAGCCAUACGUGGCAAAUCCGAUUACAACCAGCACAAGCUGACGGUGCGUCAAGUGCUUGGCGACACUGACUCCAAUCGUCGCAUCAUGGAUACGCUGGAACUUAUUAACACAUCGCUUAGAAAACGCUAUGAACAACUGCUGCCACCGGGCGGCGGCAAUGCGAAGAUAAAUGGUGCCCCAAUUAGCCCGCCGCUACAGUCAGUGGAACCAAUUGAUGAGAAAGGCUCAUUGGCGACCGCUGCGGCAUUUGCCCAACUCGGCGUUAUCACCUGUGAGGCACUGUUCCGGCGCAUGCAACAAAAAUCUGUGCUGGUCAUGGACUGUCGCAGCAGCGCCGACUACAACAACUCGCAUUUAACCUACUACUGUGCAUUCAAUGUGCCCGAAGAGCUGAUAACGCCCGGCAUGUCGGCGGGCAAAUUACAGGCAUGCCUAAGCAGCAGUGCCAAGGCCUCGUGGGCCGCGCGCUCCGUCAAGGAGUCGGUUGUGUUAAUGGACUGGAACAGCAAGGAUGCACAUCCGACGGGCAACGCAGCCAUUUACACCCUAUUGGACAUAUUGAAAAAUUGGGAUCCAGACGUCACCUAUCGCACGCCCAUACAAAUUCUGGAGGGGGGCUACGAAUACUUCAUCAUGAUGUACCCCACGCACUGUACCAAUCCCAGCGUACAAGCGCCGCAGCAGAACAAUAAUGAUGUCGAAACGAUAGAUGACAUCGAAUAUCCUUCCAUUAAUGAUAUUACCAUGAAGGAGGACGUUAUGAAUGAGCCAAAUACUAAGCACAAGCAACGGCCCAGCAUUAAUCGUGCCAGCAAGCCUGCAGCGCUGCGCACCUACGAGCAGAGCCAACAGAAUCAGCAGCCGCCGGAUCCACAGGAGAAUCCUAUUAAUGAAAUAAUUCGCGAUCAAGAGACGUUGCUGCAGCGGGCACAGCAUAACGAUAUGCUACUCGAUUCCGCAUCCAAGAAAUGGCAGAGCAUAUUCGAGCUGAAACAACUGCAAGCCGAGGGCGCUGUGCUAAGCACUGCAGAGCAGGAGGUGCUCUACAACAUAAUGCAACUGGAAAGCAAGGCCGACGAUUAUAAAAUGGAAAACAAUCGCUUGCGCGAUGAGCUGAAUCGGUACAAGGAGCAAACCCCGCAGAAUCAUCUGCAAAAGGACACGGAGACAACCAAACGCAUUGAAUCCAAGAUACAGGAGCGUCAAGAGCUGGACAAGCAGCACGAACGCGAUCGACUCGAGCGUGAGCGUCAGCUGGCCAUUGCACGUGAGGCGAAACGGCAUUACAAGCCGCCGGCAGAGCCCACAAGUACAAGGCCAGACACGCCCACCGAUGACUCACCACCCAGCUCAAACAGCGAACUGCAGCAUACGGUUACCUACGACGAGGCACCACCCCGGCCCGUCUACGAUCGCUCUACGAAACCACAGAGCCGCGACGUUGAGACGACAGCGCCACGAGUCCGUGAUUUCUCGCCCGUUGUGGGCCACAAUGUGGGGCGCGGUCUUACCGGACUUAAGAAUCUGGGCAACACUUGCUAUAUGAACAGCAUACUACAGUGUCUGAGCAAUACGCCACAAUUAAUGGAGUUUUGCAUAUCGGACAAAUACAAGAACUAUAUAAGUCGGCGAAACAAAACCAACGGACAGGUCAUCGAAGAGGUAGCCGCCCUCAUCAAGGAGCUAUGGAAUGGUCAAUACAAGUGUGUGGCUAGUCGUGAUUUGCGAUACGUUGUGGGCCAAUAUCAGAAAAUCUUUCGCGGCGUCGAUCAACAGGACUCACAUGAAUUUCUCACCAUACUCAUGGAUUGGCUGCAUUCCGAUUUGCAAACCCUGCGUGUGCCGCGUAAGCGAGAUAUUAUCAGCGCCGCGGAGAAAGCCUGGCUAGAGUUUACCAAGUCGCAGGAGAGUAUAAUACAGCAUUUAUUCUAUGGUCAAAUCAAGAGCACCGUCAAGUGUGUGACCUGCACCAAGGAGUCGGCCACAUACGAGUGUUUCUCGAAUCUCAGCCUGGAACUGCCGGCGAAUGCAAAUUUUUGCUAUCUGCACCAGUGCAUGGACAUGUACUUCAGUGGCGAGAAAAUACACGGCUGGAACUGCCCCAAUUGCAAGACGAAACGUGAUGCAAUUAAGAAAUUGGACAUUUCCAAACUGCCACCAGUGCUAGUAAUACACCUGAAGCGUUUCUAUGCGGAUCCCAGCAAUGCAGGUGCCUAUAUUAAGAAACAAAACUAUUUGCAAUUUCCGCUCGAGAAUCUGGAAAUGAAACCGUAUACAGCACGUGUCGAAUCACGUGCCGUAACCCCCAAAACAUACCAGCUGUAUGCUGUGUCCAAUCACUACGGCACCAUGGAGGGCGGUCAUUAUACGGCAUUCUGCAAGAGCGCUCACUAUGGCCGCUGGUAUAAGUUCGACGAUCAGGUUGUUUCGCCCCUGGACACAUCGAACGUAGUCUCGAGCGCAGCAUAUAUAUUAUUUUAUAGCUGGCUGCCGCCUAUGCAGCUCUCAAUAUCAUAGUCGCAAAUGGAACUGUUCAUUAUUUUUGGUCCCUAGCUAUUUGUAUUUACCAAAUUGUCUGCCUAUUAUUUUUUUCCUUAGCUUUUAAUGCCUAGUCGCUUCACCAAUUUACUGCAAACUGUUGCUUUUAUUAAUUAAUGCUUUGUUGUUGUUCAAUAUUGGACCUAUAUUUAUAAUUUUACAACCAUUACCAUUAUCAGCUAAUAUUCGGGUAUCUUAUAUAUAUAUAUAUAUAUAUAAGUAAAAAAAAACUCAAGACGUUACAAUAUUUGUAUGGAUUUAUGAAAAAAUUUAAGUGCAUUACAAAGUUUAACCAGAGAGAA